AUGCGUGCCGCGCGUUCCAACUGGUCCGUAUCCCCGGAGACAAUUAUUUCGCAUCAUUAUCGAUUGACGAAAGGCAUUCCAGCCGUGGUCGAUGCCACCGCUCCAUAUUCUAUGUACAACAGUCCAAUAAGCAUUCAUUAUCUGCCAAAACGCGCUUCUUCAGCGGACCCUUUGAAAAGAAAGCCUUUGAGUAAAUCUCAACGGGAAUUGAACGAUUUUGUCAACGGAAGAAACUCAUCUACCAAUCUUAGGCUUCCAUUGCCAAUUCGUUCAAGCUUAACCGAAUUGGCGAAGCCGAAAUUGUUGGAAAAUCGCAAUUAUCAGCCACCAAGACGGAGAAAUGUAAGUUUUUGGCAUAAACCAGCUCAAUCAUCUCAGGUGUUCCGCCAAAAUCCGUCAGCCCAAUUAUCGAUCACCAAAUUCAAAGACGACGUGCUGACAGAGAUAAUUAAGGCCAAUGUUUAUACCGAUAAGUUCAUUUUGAGCGUUUUACGCCGCCAUCGCGAACAACUCGCCGGCAUUAUUCCAUGGAAUGACCUCGAAAAAGCGUCGCAAGAGCUUCUUGAGCAUCUCGACGUCAAACCUGAAAUUCGGCCAAGAAGCCAUACGCUGAAAAUCGAGGAGGAGCUUCGCAAUAGCGUUGAAUCAUUAUCAAUAUCGUCGAGCUCAUCAUCAAGCAAAUCGUCGUCAUCGUCGUCGUCGCGUUUUUCCUCGUCGUCGGAUUCAUCAAAUUGA